ACUUCGGCAGCUUCGUGCGCCAGCUCAACCUCUAAGGCUUCCACAAGGUGCCAGGCGAGGCCGGGGGCUGGCUCUGCUUCACGAAUCCCAGCUUUCGCCGGGACCGCCCCAACCUCCUCCUCCACAUCAAGCGCCUGACCAGAGCCAACAGGCAGCGGCUGGCGGCGGGGCUGGAGGUGCGCAGCCGCCAAACCAGCCGCUUCCAGCAGCUCCGCACGGAGCGGCCGCUGCCCACCUUGUCUGCCGGGCAGCCCCCCAGAGCCGCUCCAUCAUGCCACAACCUCUCUGCUGCUUCCCGUGAGGAUUCAGAGCUGCCUCCAGGCCCUUCCAAUGGAGGUGCAGGUGCUCAGGAGUCUGAGGUUUCCCCACCACCUGCCAAGAAAGUUUGUGCCCCCCCUGGACUUUCUGGAGCUUCACCAGUGGAACCAUCAAGAGAGCUCAUCCGCGAAUUUAAUCUGCGCAAGCUCACCAUUCCACUGGUUCGCACUGACCCUGAAGCUGCCUGCAGGGCCUUCGAGAGGGCAGCAGCUGCAAAUCUUCAGAGCAGCACACGCCAGAUUUCCCAUGGACCAUCAAAGCCCUUUGGUGACAGUUCCAGAGAGCAGCAGCUGCAUAUCUCCUGAGCAGCACUCACCAGCCUACUGCCCAUCAGCCACUCCAGGCACUUCAGCCCCCAGUGCUCCAGCUGGCUAUGCUGGUUAUGCACCAUGGACAGCCCCCAGGUGGCUCUGGUAUACUCCUGGGGAAGAGGAAUUGCCACCGCUGGAUCUCGACCUGGUGCUUGAGACACUGGAGGAGAUGCUUUCGUCCUCCCCACCUGAAAGGUCUCCCUGUGCUCAGGGGAAUAUUAAUGUAGCCCCUGAGUCUUCAGGAGGGGAGCCUGUGAACAAGGCUGCAGCAGAGGAAGCUUUGCCUGGCAUGCAGAGCUGUGGGAGCAGUUCCCAGGAACGCGAGGAGCUUGAUAUCCAUCUGAUCUACCUUGCCCUGCGUGAGAACGAGAGACCGAGGGAGAGCCUGUGACCAUCAGGCAGGUGGAAUCCCCAGGUUUAUAGAUAUAUUUAGAGAUUUCUAGAGUUAUAUUUCUAUAUCCAUGUAGUUACUUUUAUAGAUUUAUAGAGUUAUGUUUAUAUGUGCUUAUAUUUAUAUAUCUAUAUAGCUAAGUCUAUAUAUAUAGAUGUGAUAAAAUUAUAUGUACUUUUAUAGAUUUUCAGAUUUUACAUUUAUGUGUACAUGGGCUAAUUUUAAUACAUAUUUAUAUGUUAUUAUUUUUUUCAAUUAUUAGUAUUAAAUUUUAAAAUGUGCUAAUUAUUAAUUAGUUACAUUUAUAAAUGUGCAUAUUUAUUUAAUUAGAGGUAUAUGGAAGUUUAGAUACACAGAUUGAGCUGUGUAGGCCUAGGCUGUAUUUUUAAGCUCUUUCCCUCCUCUAAUGCCUUUUCCAUCUCUUGUUUUUCCCUGUGCCCCCUCUGUCCCCUCUUGCUGUGCUGGUCCGAGCUGGCGGCCGGGCCGGGCAGAGCAGCAAUUCCAGCCCCGGGUGUCCCUGGAGCGGUGGGAGCUGCCGCUGGCCCCAGGCACUGUCCCCUGAGGAGCUGCUGAGGGACGGUGAGACUGAGGGGGCUCAGGGGGCUGAGGAGGGGUGACACUGAAGGGACGGUGACCUUGAGGUGCUGCUGGGGCUGAGGGUGUGGGGCAGCAGAGGGCCAUGAUGGCACUGAGGUGACAGGGAAGUGGCACAGGCUGAGGGGGGUGGCGGGUCUAAGGGGACGAGAUGGGUCAGAAGGGACUGAGGGGGUGAGAGGACUGCGGGGCUCUGAAGGAACUGAAGGGGACUCGGGGUUUGCCCAGAGCAUGGCGGGGCUGAGGGGAUGGAGGAGCCAGCAGGGAGCACAGAGGGGUCCGGGACUGCAGCUCUGCCAGGCCUUGGAACCAAUUCCUGAGACUCCAUUUUUGCCACAGCUGCACUAAAGACCUUGACAACAGCAGGAGGAGCAACGGGAGCCAGCAGAGAGAAGCCAAAGGCCAUACGCAAGAGCAGUGAGCAGGGAGCUGCUGGUGCUCUGCAAGAGCCAGGCCCUCCUGGGGAGGCGCUAAGAUUUUCUCCUCCCUGAUGGAGUGCAAGUGCUGCCAAGGGAGAGGCCCAGUUCCUGACUCUGCUUUUGCUUCCCAGAUGUCCAACUGCUGUCCCUGUUCAGGAGAACUGCUCUGCAUGGCAGGUAGAGACAGACGGAGAGGCUUUCAUGAUGGGGCUGUUGAAAUUCGAUUUUCUGCUUGGAGUCCUCUUUAAAGAUAUAUGGACUUUCACAUAGAGAGGGAUAAUUAUAUGGAUAUUUACAAACGUGUGUUGCUAUUUAUAUAGGAAUAUUUCCAUAUGUCUGUUGUAUUUAUGGAUGUGCUGUGUAUAUAUGCGUAUAUAUACAUACAUGUGUGUAUAUGUAUCUAAGUAUAAUGUAUGUUAUUAUAUCUGACUUUAGUUCUAUUUCCUAGGUUUUCAGUUGUGUAGAUACCUAUUUGUAUUGAUGCAGUUACAGGUAUAUGGCUCUUUAAAGAGGUAUAUUGAUAUUUGCAUAGGUAUAUAUGUUCUAUUUUUAAUAUUUUAUAUGUAUAUUGAUCUAUUUCUAUGUGUAACUGCAUUUACAUAUGUGUGGAGAUGUAUAGCUGUAUAUUUGUAUUGAUACAGUUGCAUGGAUAUUUAGAUUGGUACAGUGAUAUUUGUGUAUCGAUAGGUUUGGUUUAUAAACCUACUUACAUAUAGCAUGUAAUAUGUAAUAUUUAGUCUAUAUUUACACCUGUAGAUUGUUAUAGUUAUAUAUGUAUUUUUAUAUAUAUGUGCAUGCAUAUAUAUUUAAUUCUAUUUAAACAUUUAUGGAGUAGUACAGUUGUAUAACUGUAUCUGUUGAGUUAGUGUAGGGCUUUUUAGAGAGGGAAUGCAUAUUUUCAUGUUUGUUUAUGGGCUGUACGCUUGUAUGUAAUAAAUUAAGUUGUUAAACACCUAAUUUAUCUUUACGUACAGUGAAUUUUUGUAGAGGUUGGCAAUAAAUUAAGUUUUUGUUAACUGAAGUUGAUAUUUGUAUAUUUUUGCAUAGCAUUGUUGUAC